UCUCAUUCUCAUUCUGUUUUCCUUCUCAUUCUCAUUCUGGCGGGAAGAGGCGGGGAAUAAUUAAUAACAAUAAUGGAGGCAGAAACACAGCCAGCUGGGUCAGGAGGAGAAGGAGAAGAAGUAGAAGAGUUAUUAGCCCAGGGAAGGAGAUAUUACAUUUGCUCCAAUUUCUCACUUGCGUCUCAAUCAUUUCAAGAAGCUUGCCAAAUGCUGAGUGAGAAAUAUGGAGAAAUGUCAAAAGAGUUAGUAGAACCGUAUUAUUGGUACGGAAAGUCUCUACUGGAACAGGCAAGACAGGAAAGUUGUGUGUUAGGAGGCGGAGUCCCUGCCCCACCCACAGCCACACAAUCAGACUCAUCGUCUGAUGAGGAGGAGGAGGAGCCAACAACAUCUAAUGAUCAAACUGAGGACUCCGCCCAAACGGAGGCCACACCUACUGAAGGAGAGGGAUCUCGGGAAGUGGAGAAUUUUAAAGAAGCCACGCCCACUGGAGGGGAGGAGUCUAAAGAAGCCACGCCCACUGGAGAGGAGACAGAGGAAGAUAAAGAUGUUAGUACGUUACAGCUGGCGUGGGAAGUGCUGGAAGUGGCAAAAUUAAUUAGCCAAAAUUUACAGUCGACUGAUUAUCAACUUUUAUUAGCGGAAAUUAAUUUACUGCUUGGAGAAAUUGGACUGGAAUCUGAUCAGUAUGAUCAAGCUAUUGAAGAUUUCACUACUUGCCUACAGAUCAGGGAGGCAGUUCUUACGGCUGAUGAUAGGAAGCUGGCUGAAAUACAUUUUAAUCUUGGCUUAACGUAUUCUUUGCUUAAAAGGCCACAAGAAUCAGUAGCAGAGUUUGGUUUAGCUAAACAAGUUUUGGAGUUACGAAAAGAGAAGUUACAGUCUGACGCAGACAAGGAAGCAGUGGAGGGAGAGAAGACGAAAUGUCUCAAAGAAAUUGACGAAAUAAACGACCUUCUUCCUGACAUUGAAGCAAAGAUUGUGGAAGAACUAACUGUAGCUGAUGAAUCAAAGAAAGCAGGAGGUAUUAGUUUAGAAGAAGAUGAAGAUGAUGAAGAGGGUGUUUCUUGCAGUUCCAGUGGUUUUAAUACCAUCAGUAGCACAGGAAUGAAUAUAUUCACUGGUUUCAAUCAAGAAACUGCAUUAAGUAAUGGAGUUGUGUCCAGUAGCACCAGCAGCAGUUCAUCAUCGGGACAUGCUCCUCCUGUUAAUGAUAUCAGUCAUUUAGUGAAGAAAAAGCCUAAAGUAUCUGACCAACAAAGCAAAGAAGAGCUACCAGUUACGACUAAUGGCUCCUUGUCGCAUAAUGAAGCAGUGCCAUUGAAGAAGAGAAGAAUAUCUCUCACUACAGUAGCAGAAGAUGGAGCUGAUGAUCACCCUGCAAGAAAGAAGGUCCCGUCACUCCUGACUAAUGAUACUGGGGAACUUACUGAAGCAGAUUCCACCACCACCACCCCAGCAGAACAAUAACUUUUAAUCUAUAUAAUGAACUGAUUAUUAUGCAUGACAUCACUGAAUCCAUUGUACAUUCCACACUUAUUUCACAGCUUUGAUUACAAGCC